UCUCUUCUUCACAAGCUCUCACACUCUCUCUAUAAAUAUCCCCCCUAAUAAACCGUUGUUUGUUCUUCUCUGUUACUCCCACUUUGCCUUCACACACUAAACUCAAUUCUAGUUUUGUAAGGAGAAAGGGACCACUCCUUUCUUUCAUAUAACAAUGUCGGCUUACAGAGACGAGGAUCCCCGUCUUCGUGCCAUCAAAACUAAGAUUCGUGUUGUCCCUAAUUUCCCCAAACCUGGUAUUAUGUUCCAAGACAUUACCACUCUGUUGCUCGAUCCCAAAGCCUUUAAGGACACGGUAGAUUUGUUCGUUGAGCGAUACAAAGGCAAAAAUAUUUCUAUCGUUGCAGGAAUUGAAGCUCGUGGAUUUAUUUUUGGUCCUCCCAUUGCACUGGCAAUAGGAGCAAAGUUUGUCCCGCUGAGGAAACCAAAAAAAUUGCCUGGUAUUCUUUUUAUUUAUUUAUUUAUUUAUUUUUAUGAAAUAGUACUCGUGUUUUAUAUUGCUUUGGUGACAGGAAAAGUUAUUUCUCAAGAAUAUAUUUUGGAAUAUGGAAGAGACUGUCUGGAGAUGCAUGUUGGAGCUGUUGAACCUGGUGAGCGUGCUUUAGUGGUUGAUGAUUUGAUUGCUACUGGUGGAACCCUCUGUGCAGCUAUGGACUUACUUGAGCGAGUGGGAGCAGAGGUAGUGGAGUGUGCUUGUGUAAUUGAAUUACCAGAAUUGAAGGGGCGCGAACGGUUGAACGGGAAGGCCUUGUACGUGUUAGUGGAAUGUUUUGAGUGCUGUCCGUAGAUGAAGAUGUAGAGUGGGGGAUGCGUCACUUCUGGGUCUGGGUGGGUACUUUACCAUUUGGAAUCCCAUUUUAUUCAAGUUCCUCCCUUUUUAACGAUUAUUAAAUUUUAAAAGCCUUGUUCUCUCGAGACCCAAUGUUUUGCCCCAAGAUUUUGAUAUGGAAAGAAUGCUUGUUGAGGCAAAUGCUUGUAGUUGAAACUAGGAACAAUCACAUCAAACUAAUUAUUCUGUAUGACCCUUUCGGUGUAUCCUCUCUUUGCUUCUCCCCAUGUUUUAUUUCAAAUAAAACCAUUACUUUUGACUUUGGCAGAUUAUAGUAGAU